GGGACCAGGCCAGACUACCUUCCCGCGCGCAUUCGUCAUAACACCAUGUGUCGCUCCGAGUUCGCCAGCAACCAGCCGGCUGCCCUCGAUAGCAUCCUCACACUCUCCCCGCCCCUGUGACCUCAAAAUCGCAUCCACCCCCAGACCCUACGUACCCGUUCCUGCGUGUCGCUGCUGCGCCUCGCUCCGUCUGCACCCCGCCAAACCACCAAUCGACUGCGCCCGCGGUCCAGAGACGCCCCGCUGCGACGCAUCCACACUUCUGCUGCCGCGCCUGACUUCUGCCUGCGGAACCUCGUCCUCUCACCGAAACGCACGUCCGCGCGCGCUCCAUCUUCCGCUACACUCCCCAGACCCUCAGGCGAGAACAUGGGUAAAUCCCAGAGCAAGCUCUCACAGCAGGAGCUGGCCGACCUCCAAAAGGCCACCCACUUCGACAAGAAGGAAUUGCAGCAAUGGUACAAGGGGUUCCUGAAGGACUGUCCGUCCGGCAUGCUCACUAAGGAGGAGUUCCAGAAGAUCUACAAGCAGUUUUUCCCGUUCGGGGACCCAUCGUCGUUUGCAGAUUACGUCUUCAACGUCUUUGACGCCGACAAGUCGGGCACAAUCGACUUCAAAGAGUUCAUCUGCGCGCUCAGCGUUACAAGUCGAGGAAAGAUGGAGGACAAACUUGACUGGGCGUUCCAGCUGUACGACAUUGACGGCGACGGCAAGAUCAGCUACGAGGAGAUGCUGGCGAUCGUAGAGGCCAUCUACAAGAUGGUUGGCUCCAUGGUCAAGCUCCCCGAGGACGAGGACACGCCCGAGAAGCGCGUGCGCAAGAUCUUCCGGAUGAUGGACAAGGACGAGAACGGCAGCUUAGACAUGGCCGAGUUUAAGGAAGGCUCCAAGCGCGACGAGACGAUUGUAUCGGCGCUGUCCCUCUACGACGGGCUGGUGUAGGCGGGCGCGUCGUUGUUGUUUCUUGUUCUUGGCUUCUUGGAUACCACAUUGCGUCGUGGAAUUUCUGGCAUGCGUCGUGGAAUUUCUGGCAUGCGCUCAUUCAGCAUGCCGCAUGAGGUGGAGGUCUGUCUCGCUUAGGCGUUGGUUCAUCAUGACUGAUGUAGAUAUGACUUGCUGCAUCAGUAUGGGCAUCCGGGGUGCAAUACACAAAGAGUCGUUUCAGUGCUGUUGUAGGAGUUUCUCGAC